GGCAAUUUCAAAAUUUUGAAGAACAUCGUGAAAAACUGCAAAACUUAAAAGUUAAAAGUAACAUUCAUGUAUCUCGUUGGUUGCAUUGCAUUUCCUUCCAUGGAUUCAAUCCCAAACCUUCAAAUCAGCAUCAAACCCCAGGUUUCGAGUUCGCCUUCGUGCCCUUCUGAGCCACCUGAUGUUGGGAAUUGGUUCUCAAGCUAUGAAUAUCAGUCUCCCAAUUUAGAUUCUAAUUUCACUCUCCAAGAUUCGGAUUUCAGUAGACGUGGGUCGGAGCAAGAUGAAGAACAUGAAGAGGAUUUUGAUAGGGUUAGGGUUCAAGAUAAAGAUGAUAGUCAUAAUGAAGACCCAUGUUUCACCAAGAAUCUGGAUCAUUGCAGCUCAUGCUCACUCUUCUCUGAACCUCCAGAUAUCAGAAACUGGUUCUCAAGCUACAAUUAUGAGUCUUCAGCGUUUGAUACAAGUAGUCUUUUAAGUGAUGAAGAAGUUUCUGAUGGGAAUAAGUCCGAGGAGGAGAGGUUCAACUUUGAAGUCGUAAACAAAGAUGAAGGCCAGUCUGAGAAUUUGCAACUGAAAGUUUGUGCUGAACGCAAUAGCUCUUUUGAUAAAACCAUGGAGGGUGAUGGUAGUGCUCGAAUGAAGAAAAAUUUAACUGUUGCCGAUACUUCCUAUUUGGAAAAGAUUUUGCAGCCAUGCAUGGAAGAUAAGGCAUUGCAACAUAGUCUUGGUUCAACCAAGCACAAGGAGACGGUGAACCAGAAUCAUAGAAGUUCUGGCUGUAAUGGAGAAGCACGUUUAAUGUCAUUGGACACCGAUACAUGUGCAAUGAGGCCUCCAAAGCUAGUACAAAAGAAUGAUACUACUAAAGAAGCGGAAUCAAAAGCUGAGAAGCCUGACAUUAGCUCAAGUUUAGCUAAAAGCUUCUCGACUGGAAGCUCAACUUGUACAACAAAUAAAGAAAAUGAUGGUUUUGUUACAACAAGGAAGAACAGUUGCAAGAGAUCAAAUGAUGAAAAUUCUUGGAAGAAACCGGAAAAGACCUUGUUGCAGUGUUCAACAAGUACAGGAGCAGUUCCAUUGGCAUGUGAAAAGAGUAAUGUUACAAAGAGAAAGGCAUUGACAGAAGCAACACAUCUUCAACAAUCCAAUGUUAUGGAGAUUGCAGGGAAAUGGCAAUGCCCACAGAAAUGUAAACCUGAUCAUGGGCCUGCUUUGAAGCAACUUAGGCUUGAGCGAUGGGUUCGUAGGGUUGGAAAUAUCUCCCCUCAUUGACAAAGUUGGCUCGUUUUCUAAGUGCUCUAGCCUAUUUGGUUGUCAAUAAAAGUAGUAGUAUUUGUAGCAUUAAGAAAACCAAAAUUGCUGAAACAUUAUGAGGGGUGUAUUGUGUAGCUUUGUGAAACUCUAUUUUUCAUAACCAAAGUAUGAUUUAUGCUU